GAUAUUUUUGUUGUAACGACAGGAAAAGAAAUGGUAGACUUUAUCACAGAUUAUUUGGAAACUAUUAGAAAGCGUCGAGUGUUUCCUGAUGUGAAACCUGGAUAUAUGAGACAUUUAUUGCCAGAAUCUGCACCCAUUAAUGGCGAGGACUGGAACACCAUUUUUGCAGACAUCGAGAGAGUUAUAAUGCCCGGAGUGACCCAUUGGCAGUCCCCUUAUAUGCACGCAUACUUCCCAGCCCUCAACUCCCCCGCAUCAAUAUUAGGGGAUAUGUUGUCCGAUGCUAUUGGCUCUCUUGGAUUCACCUGGGCAUCGAGUCCUGCGUGCACUGAACUGGAGAUAAUAGUAAUGGAUUGGUUGGCAAAAAUGAUAGGACUUCCCGAUGACUUCUUGCACAGUAAAUCUCCGACAAAUGGCGGGGGAGUCAUACAGACGACUGCAUCGGAGUCGACAUUCGUGGCUCUAUUAGCGGCCAGAACUGAGGCCAUACUUCGGAUCAAAGCUGAGAACUGUAUGGAAGAGUUGGACGACGCGGAGAUCAAUAGCCGACUCGUGGCCUACUGUUCAGAUCAGGCGCACUCAUCCGUCGAGAAGGCGGGUCUCAUAGGUUUAGUUAAGAUGCGAUACAUUGAAAGCGACGAUAAGUUGUCCCUCCGGGGAGACAAACUCAUAGAAGCCAUCAAACAUGAUAGGGAUCGGGGACUCAUCCCGUUCUACAUAUGCGUAACUCUGGGCACAACCGGCGCCUGUGCUUUCGACAACCUCUUGGAAAUCGGACCAAUCGCUAAGAACGAGGAGAUUUGGAUUCAUGUGGACGCGGCCUAUGCCGGCACUGCCUUCAUAUGUCCGGAGUUUAGGAAAUGGAUGGAUGGCAUUGAAUACGUGCAAAGUCUGGCAUUUAAUCCGUCGAAAUGGAUGUUAACUCACUUCGACUGCACGGCAAUGUGGGUCCGCAACAGUUCCGCACUUCACCGCACUUUUAAUGUCGAACCACUUUAUCUCAAACAUGAAAACAGUGGCCAAAGAUUAGCAAUGGACUUUAUGCACUGGCAGAUCUCAUUGAGUAAAAAGUUUCGCAGUUUAAAGUUAUGGUUCGUUAUUAGAAAUUAUGGCAUAAAGGGAUUACAACUCCAUGUGCGGAAAGGCGUCAAACUUGCCUCAGCUUUCGAGGAACUUAUCAGAAAUGACUCGAGAUUUGAAUUACCGGUUGAGAGACACUUAGGACUCGUUGUGUUUCGCCUGAAGGGUAACAACGAACUCACCGAAUGUCUGCUCAAGAAGUUGAACUCAAGCGGACGUCUUCACUGCGUUCCCGCGUCACUGAAGGGCACAUUAGCAAUGGACUUUAUGCACUGGCAGAUCUCAUUGAGUAAAAAGUUUCGCAGUUUAAAGUUAUGGUUCGUUAUUAGAAAUUAUGGCAUAAAGGGAUUACAACUCCAUGUGCGGAAAGGCGUCAAACUUGCCUCAGCUUUCGAGGAACUUAUCAGAAGUGACUCGAGAUUUGAAUUACCGGUUGAGAGACACUUAGGACUUGUUGUGUUUCGCCUGAAGGGUCACAACGAACUCACCGAAUGUCUGCUCAAGAAGUUGAACUCAAGCGGACGUCUUCACUGCGUUCCCGCGUCACUGAAGGGCACGUAUGUCAUCAGAUUCACUGUCACCUCACUCCAGACCACCAUCGCUGACAUCCAACGAGAUUUCGCUAUCAUUAAGGAGACGGCCACUACUGUCCUCAAGACCUACGGAAUCCCAGAGAACCGGAUCAGUCGAGCCAUACCUUUGGCUGAGAUCAAGAAGAGAACGCCCGGAUUCGGCACAAGUCUAUUGCUCUCCAAUAGCCCAAUGACUCCGAAGAUAAUAAACGCUAGUUUUGUAGCCAUUUUCGAUCAGCAAGACUUAGCCCAAGAAUUUGUGCGACACUUCGGCAAACACAUGGAUCUGACAGGAAAUAGCAACCCUUCUCUCAGACGACGAAUUAAAGGCUUAAUGCUUACAGACAAACAGCACAGACAAAACAAACCAACAAAGGACUGGGACCUCGAGUGCGAGAAGUACUCGCUUCUCAAGCUCUUCGAGUGGUAUACUUUGACAUGA